AAGUCAAAAAGUCAACCUCCUGAACUAAGCUUAAGGCAAUACUGGAGUUCUCCUACUGUAUUUAUAUACUCAAGCCAAACCCCUCCAUGCCAAAAUUCGAUCUAGACGCACUCACCCACGCUCGCUUUUCUUUUAGUCCGAGGAAACAGAUUGGAACGUUUGAGAGGAAGAGAGAGAAGACACCGGGAGUCGGGACCCAGCCUGACAUGAGCUAUCGGCCUCAGCGACCAAUCACCCUGCGCUGGAACGACCUUUAGUGUUGCUCCACUCGGCAGCCGUCAACCCACCCACCUGGCAGCGUCCACGCUGAGCCUGAGCCUGAGCCUGAGCCCGGCCGCUGUUCUCUAAUCGGCGCACUAGGUAAAAUUCACUGGAGACUUGUUCCUUGAAGCGGCAGUGUGGUGCAGCGCAAAGCGACGCAGCAGACGAGGGAGCGAGCACGUUCACACUCUGUUCGGGUCUACUACUGUACUCAACUCAACCGUCACCUCGAGCGAACUUUACUUUACUUUACUUUACUUUGCUUCACCUCACCUCUCCUCCACUCGAGAAGAUCACCACAACCAUUCGAGGGAUAUCUUCUUCAACUUCUCACUCACGUCACUCGACGUGUCUGUUGCUUUGACAUCCCUCCCUCCACGAUCAAUCCCUUCCCUUCAAUCCAGUCCACUACUUGGCAAUCCAGCCCCCAAUUGGCCUCGGCCGAUUCCAUUUCUCACCACCAACACUCCUCCUUCCCAACGUCUCUGCCUCUCGCAAUUGCAGUCGCAAUGGCCUCCCCACACGUCUCCCAGAAACUCCCUGCCGGCCUGGCUGGCGUUCUCAACAAACCUGACGAGCAUCGCGAUUCCGCCUACUACUCUUCAAAGGAUGCCUCGAAUAAUUCCACGCAAUCCAGCAAUGGUGCCCCAAACCUUGACCCUCGUCUCUCGCGAGCUGAUUCCUCGUCCGCGACCGACAUGACCCCUUCUCCCAUAUCGAAUGGCCCCAACACACAGCCAUUGAAUUCUCCUGCUUCCGGCGCCAUGAGCGUCGCCUCGAUUGUUUCUCCUACAACAUACAAUGGCUUCAACCACCAAUUCUACGAUCAGAGUCAGGGUCAGGGUCAGUGUCAACAGAAUGGUCAUAUGGGUGAUUCGCGCAGAGAGUCGGUAGACAGCAGACUGGGUGCCAACUUUGGCGACAUGAGACUUGCGAGUUCACCUUAUGCGAGCGCCAACCCCUCCACAACCUCAUUGCAGAGCACAUUGGCCCAACAACGAAACCCAGGAUCCGCUCACCCCGAUCGAAACUCUGGCCCUUUCCGCCUGUCGAGUGGUUACCAGCCCAACUACGCACGCCUGCCAGAUUCCUCUCACAAUUCGCGCAACGCUCCGCAGAUUACGGGUCCGGCUUUGGGUGCUAUCGCACGCGCUCCUGAACCUACGAGAGGUCAGGCUUGGGCUUUCCCUGAGGAGGAGGUUCAGAGAAUUCCGUCGGCUGCGAGACCUAGUGAUGAUAUUGGCAGUAGACAGGGAACUUCGUUCUACGAUGACUCGAGACGUAACUCCUAUGCAGACUCGAUCGCUAGCAGCCAGUACACCACCGAGUCGCGUCUUCCAGCUGGUCAGCGACGUCUGGAUGAUGGUGGCCCCAUCGGAGAGUAUGGUAGGGAGUCUUCUGAAUUUCAGAUGAACACUCAUCACCACAGCCUUCAACAUAGACAGGUUUCCGAGCUGGCAAAUGGUGAGGGUGGUUCUCCGAAUAGUUCGCAACCUUACUCUCGGACCCCAGAAUUGCGUGUUUCUCACAAGCUGGCGGAGCGAAAGCGGAGAUUGGAGAUGAAGGAUCUGUUUGAUACUCUCAGAACUCUCCAGAGCGUUGAGAGAGGAGCAAAGGCUUCAAAGUGGGAGAUUUUAUCAAAGGCUAUUUCUGAGCAUGAGCGCCAAACCAAAGUUAUUGCAGAGCAAAAAAAUCAACUCUCUCGUGUUGAAUCUCGCCUUCAGAGACUAGAGCAUGAACUCGAUGCCGCACGUCGAGAAGCCAAUGAUCUUAGACUUGAGAAUUCCCAGAUGAGAUCAGAGAUUGCUGUUCUUCAGGGACAUUCGGCACCUUCGUACCACCAACCACCACCUCCCGUUUCCCAGCAAUACAGUCACAGUGUGCAAGGCGGUGAGCAACAGCAGCAACUGCCACCUCUCCGAAGUAUCCCAGGUCCUGAGGUCAUGAACGGCGUCCAAUACCAACAUGACCAACGUCCCAACGGUUAUCGUCCCGCCGAUCGAUUCUAGUCUGAUCAACGGACGAAAAAGAUUUUCUGCUUACGAUCUUUGCCUUGCCAUUUAAGGUUUGAUCGCUGUCACGUUGUCCAAUCACCACAAAUAUUAGAGACGGUCGGGUCGAUCACACGUGGCCCAUCUACGGUUGCGAUCUCAUUCCACGUGGCCCGUGCAUAUCGUGCGUUGCAGCAUUUCGUUAUCUGCAUCCUGUUCCGAUGUCACCACAUCCCCUCCUAGGAUUCUUGAGCUCGUCUCUGAAGAUGUACGAUUUGCGUAUACUUGUGUUACUACUUCUUUCUCUGACUUUCUUCAUUCUUCCGCCGGUAUCUACGGUGGCUUAUGACGGUGUCAACUCUUCGGGAUUUGACUCGUCCUUUUUUUUCUUUUCAUUUGUUUGUUACCAAAAAACGGCCUUCGAUCAACGGCGUAAUAUGCAUGAAUGGCAUGGGUAAUGGCGCUAUGUGUGUGUGUGUGUGUGUGUGUGUGUGUGUGUGU